AUGGAGCUAGCCUUUUCAGACGCUCAUAAAAAGGAAAUCACCAAAAUUGCGCUGAAUUACCUACAAGCGCGCACUUGUGUUACAUUUACCGAAAGCGCUACCGCCCCAAAUCGGGUAGGAAUCACUGCACACGAAUUUGCACACACACUUGGAGCAUAUCAUAUACAACAGCGAGACGAUCGCGACGACUACAUUACGGUGGAUUUGACAAAUGUGCCGCCCGACAUGCGCGGUAACUUCGUGAAAAUGGACCCCAGUGAAUCUAUAGACUACGUGCCCUAUGAGUACGGCAGUUACAUGCACUACGGUUCCAAUACGUCAUCAAACGCCCAUAAAAAAGAAAUUACAAAAAUUGCGCUGAACUACCUGCAAGCUCGCACUUGUGUUACAUUUACCGAAAGCGCUACCGCCCCAAAUCGGGUAGGAAUCACCGCACACGAGUUUGCACACACACUUGGAGCCUAUCAUAUACAACAGCGAGACGAUCGCGACGACUACAUUACGGUGGAUUUGACAAAUGUGCCGCCCGACAUGCGUGGCAACUUCGUGAAGAUGGAUCCUAGUGAAUCCAUAGACUACGUGCCCUACGAGUACGGCAGUUACAUGCACUACGGUUCCAAUACGUGA